CGUUCUCGCAGUAUUAGACUCUUUCUUUCUUUCUUUUUCUAUCUUCUAAAAUCGAAUUCUUUUCGCUAUUAACCUAUCACCAAAAUUCACCAUUGCUUUCUCUUCUUCUUCUUCUUCUUCGUCAUGUUCAAUUUUCAAGAAUCACCAAAACCCUAGAAUUCCGUUCCUUAAUCUCGUUCGAUUCUAGAAGCUUAUGAAGGAGGAAACAGAAAAAACAAAAAUGUCCGCGGGCGAUUCCUUCGCGAACCACAAGCUAUGCGGUUUCCUCUGUGCCGUUCUCAGAGUCACUCCUCCAAUUCGAUCUGAAGGAUAUAGUUCCACUUCUUUGUUCAACGACCAAUGCGAGAUCUUCGGCGACGGUUUCCGGUCCCGGAAUGGCGUCGUUUUGUGUCCGUUGGGGACUGGUUCGGAUUCAGGACAAUGCGAAGGAGGAGAGAGUAGUAGCAGUGGUGGUAGCGGCGGAUCCUCUUCGAAAGGGAGGAGGAUGAGUAAGGUUGGGAUGGUGAAUGGGAGCAUUAGCGUGGUUCACCAGCUUCACGCUCUGGUGAGCCGCAACUGCAUCACGAGUGAUGCUCGAGUGGUGUGGGUGGAGGUCGGUGAAGGGAAGGAGGUGAGGGCGGUGGUACUCAUCGAUGUCUACGUUACAAUUGAGCUCUGGAGUGGCUGGCAGUUCCCACGGUCGGGGCCGGUUGCCGGCGCUUUCUUUAGCCACCUGAGCUGUGAUUGGGACAAGAGAAGUUCGAUACUUUCUGAUCCAGACUAUUUUAUGAAGACUUUUGGGACAAGCGACAACAUCUGGAACCUUUCUGACUGUCAUGUACUUGGUUGCAAGCUCCAUUGUGGUGCGAGUGAUUCUUCAAAGAAAAGACUAUUUGAACUUCAUGAAAUAUUUAAGAUGGUACCUGGUGUUGGAAAACAGCAGAAAUCUAACAAUUCAAGGAUAGUACCUAUUGAUAAUGCUUUCGGAUCUGGGAUUUGGGAGAUAUCUGAUGAUAUUUUAACCAAAAUUUUAGCUUGCCUUGGUCCAAUGGACCUCACUAGGGUAUCUGCAACAUGUCGACAUCUCAGAUCCUUGGCUGCUUCAGUAAUGCCUUGUACAAAGUUAAAUCUCUUUCCUCAUCAGCAGACUGCAGUUGAGUGGAUGUUGCAUCGUGAGCGAAAUUUUGAACAGUUGCUACAUCCCUUAUAUAUUGCUCUCUUAACUGAAGAUGGCUUUAGUUUCCACGUGAAUACUGUAUCUGGGGAAAUAAUUUCUGAGGAAACUCCCACCAUCAGAGAUUUUCGCGGAGGGAUGUUUUGUGAUGAGCCUGGCUUGGGUAAGACUGUAACAACACUUUCUCUUAUUGUGAAGACACAAGGUACUCUGGCAGAUCCACCAGACGGGGCAGAAGUAAUCUGGUGUCAACAUAAUGGUAACCAGAAAUGUGGUUAUUAUGAGAUCAGUGGUAAGAGGGAUGUGGCCCAAGAUACUAGUAAGAAUAAUGAGAACCAUGACUACUCCUCAAAAAGAGCCAGAUUGAUGAAUCCUGCUGGGAAAAUUACUACACAAAAUGACGUAAUUUCUGCAGAAGCUAUGAAAUCGCCUGUAGAUGCAUCCUUUGAAGAAUCGGUGCCUGCCAGUCGAAGCACUAGGAGUCUCAGUUGCGUCAAGAAAAAACUGAAUCUCUCCUUUGAAGAUGAAGACUUGAUUUUCAAGGAAAGAAGAGUUGGUAUGAGAUCACAUAAAAGAAAUCAUGCAUCAGAUAUUGCAUCAUGUGUACCACCAAAUAAACUAGUUAAUGCUUCAUAUGGACGUGGGAAAAGUUCCAAGUUGCGUGGGAAUCCUAAAGUUGAUUGUUUGGAGUCCAAUGAUACAUGGAUUCAGUGCGAUGCAUGUCACAAAUGGCGAAAGCUUGCAGAUAAUAUUAUGGCUAAUUCUAGUGCAGCAUGGUUUUGUAGUAUGAACACUGACCCUUCAUAUCAGAGUUGUAGUGUCCCAGAACAACAUUUCCAGAAUAGCUGUAAGAUAACAUACUUGCCAGGAUUUCACUUGAAAGGAACUCUUGGGGGUUUGGAACAAAAUAUUUCCUUUUUCAUUAGUGUUCUUAAGGAGCACUGUACAUUGCUGAAUUCUCAGUCAAAGAAGGCUCUGACUUGGUUGGUUAAACUUUCAGCAGAUCGGAUUGCAGGAAUGGAAACACAUGGCAUACGGGGGCCCAUUUUGAACUCUUGUAGUACGUCUAAUGGAUAUUUUAAUGCAUUCCACAAAAUAUUUCAAGCAUUUGGCCUUGUAAAGAGAGUAGAGAAAGGUAUAUGCAAGUGGUACUACCCACAAAAUCUUAGCAAUUUGACUUUUGAUGUGAAAGCACUUGGCAUGGCUCUGCGUGAGCCAUUAGAUUUUGUGAGGCUAUACUUGUCAAGAGCAACCCUCAUAGUUGUUCCAGCAAAUCUGGUUGAUCAUUGGAAAACACAAAUAGAGAAGCAUGUAACUCCUGGUCAAUUGCGGGUGUAUGUUUGCGUUGAUCAGCGGAAGCCAUCUGCACACUGUUUAGCUUGGGAUUAUGAUGUUGUUAUAACUACCUUUAGCCGUUUAAGUGCAGAGUGGAACCCACGUAAGAGGAGUGUUUUGAUGCAAGUACAUUGGUUUAGGAUAAUUUUAGACGAAGGUCACACUCUUGGCUCAAGCCUGAACUUAACAAACAAGUUGCAAAUGGCUAUUUCAAUGAUGGCUUCAAAUCGUUGGAUACUAACAGGUACUCCAACACCUAACACCCCUAACAGCCAACUCCCACAUCUACAACCUCUGCUAAGGUUCCUUCAUGAAGAAGCUUAUGGACUGAAUCAGAAGUCGUGGGAAGCUGGCAUCCUUAGGCCAUUUGAGGCAGAGAUGGAGGAAGGAAGGUCGCGCCUGUUGCAUUUAAUUCAGAAGUGCAUGAUUAGUGCAAGAAAGGUAGACUUGCAAAACAUUCCGCCAUGCAUUAAGAAAGUUGUUUAUGUGGAUUUCAGUGAGGAACAUGCUAGAAGUUACAAUGAAUUGGUACUCACUGUUCGGCGUAAUAUAUUGAUGGCUGAUUGGAAUGACCCUUCACAUGUUGAGAGUCUACUGAAUCCAAAACAAUGGAAAUUUCGAAGUGCAACCAUAAAGAAUGUGAGGCUGUCUUGCUGUGUUGCUGGGCAUAUUAAAGUUACACAUGCUGGAGAAGAUAUUCAGGAAACAAUGGAUAUUUUAGCACAAAGUGGUCUUGAUCCUACUUCGGCGGAGUAUAGCUCCAUAAGAUAUAGUCUCCUAUUUGGUGGUAAUUGUGUCAGAUGCAAGGAGUGGUGCCGCCUUCCUCUCAUUACACCUUGUCGCCAUCUAUUGUGCCUUGAUUGUGUUUCUUUAGACAAUAUGAAGUGUACAUACCCUGGAUGUGGUAAACCAUACGAAAUGGAGAGUCCUGAUUCAUUGGCCCGACCAGAAAAUCCUAACCCAAAGUGGCCUGUGCCCAAAGAUCUUAUUGAGUUGCAGCCUUCGUAUAAGCAGGAUGAUUGGGAUCCUGAUUGGCAAUCAACUUCUAGUAGUAAAGUCUCCUAUCUUGUCCAGAGGUUAAAAGCUUUGCAAGAAAUCAAUGAAGAGAUGGGUUUCUGCAAAGCCAAGAGCAAUCAUGAGCUUGAUACUGAGAAUAGCUUCCCUAUGCAUAUGAGAGAUGGUGGAUCAUUAUUCCAGGAAUGUUCUAUAAGAAGCACUAUGACCAAUAUGAAACCUGACAAAGUUUUGAUAUUUUCCCAGUUUCUGGAGCAUAUACAUGUCAUUGAACAGCAGUUGACCAUUGCUGGUAUCAAAUAUGCUGGAAUGUAUAGCCCAAUGCAUUCAAGCAGCAAGAAGAAGUCAUUAGCCACAUUCCAGCAUGAUUCAAGUUGUAUGGCACUUGUGAUGGAUGGAAGCGCUGCAUUGGGGCUUGACCUGAGUUUCGUUACGCAUGUAUUUUUGAUGGAGCCAAUUUGGGACAGAAGUAUGGAGGAGCAAGUAAUUAGCCGUGCCCAUCGCAUGGGUGCUUCUCGUCCUAUUCAUGUGGAAACCUUGGCAAUGCGUGGUACCAUUGAAGAACAAAUGGUGGAGUAUUUACAGGAUGCUGAUAAAUGUAGAAGAUUUCCUAGUCAAGAUGCUCCCAAAUCUGUAGAUGAUAGCGGGGCACGAGGACACCGUUCAUUACAUGAUUUUGCUGAAAGUAGUUAUCUACUCAAACUUAGAUUUGUAUAUACUAAUCCAGAAACCCUAAAAGGUUUGUAUAAAAUUGUUUUUCCGCAAAUUUUGAAGCGAUAGAUGAGUCUUGUUGAAUGAAAAUUAACUUAACAUUUACCGGGGAUUUCGGAGAAGAGCAUAAACUAAAAAGGUUAUUUGUACAGAAGUUGAUAUAUGUAAUGGAAUUUUACUGUCAUCGUUGGUGCUCCUUAAGACAGGCACUUUUGCCUUGAAAUUGGAUUA